UUCCACGGAGAAACAAGACGAAAAAAUAGAUUUUUUAUGAGCUGUAAAAAUGGCUGCCGAAGUAAGCUGAUAUUUUUGGAUUGCCUUAACAUUAAUGAUAUAACUAUUAUCUUAUGUUAAGACAAAUUUUUUAAAUGGCAGUAGCAAGAGGAGUUCUUUCAUUCCAUAUGGGAUCAUCUUUUCUUAGUAGAGAUCUAAAUUUAUAUAACUGUUGGUUAUCUAAAAAGAAAUUAGCAUCUAGUUGUUACGACAACAGUCAAACAAUAGAAGCUGUGGAAAAAAAAUCUGACACUGUUAUCUUAAAAGAAAGUGAUUUUCAAGAAAAAUUCAUAAAAGGAUCUGGACCUGGAGGUCAAAAAAUUAACAAAACAAGUAAUUGUGUUGAGCUAAAACAUGACGCCACUGGUAUCAUUGUAAAGUGUCAAGAGACUCGAUCUCUUGAGAGGAACCGUGUCAUAGCACGAGAACGACUUUUGGAAAAGUUGCGAUUUUUAUACAACCCCAGUGAAAGCAAACAGCAACAGAGAUUAGACGCUAAGCAAAAACAAGAAAAAAACAUCGAAAGAAAACGCAGACUUCGAGAGGAAGCAAUAAAAAAUCGCAUAGAAAUUUAAUAAAGCUUAUAAAAAAUCAUGCUUUUUUUUCUAAUUACAAAUUUUUUUCUAAGUUUCAUAUUAUGUUGUCUUCAAUUUUUAUUGAAUUUUUUACUUUGAUUGCUAAAUUACAAAAAGUUGUAUAUAUGACAAAGUUUCAAGAAGAUUCAAAUGAUGCUUUAAA